AUGCCAUUUACAAUCACCGAUGCAGAGAUAGAGACCCUCGGCCAGAAGGCCAUUGCGGCCAAAGACCGUGCCUACUGCGUAUACUCCAAGUUCCGUGUUGGUGCAUGUCUUCUUACUGAGAGCGGGGAGUUUAUCACCGGUGUCAACGUCGAGAAUGUCAGUUACCCGGUUGGCGUAUGUGCUGAGCGAUGCGCGAUGGGGACUGCAGUGGCGGCUGGCCAUACCAGGUUCAAGGCCAUUGCUGUAGCUACCGAUAUCACUCCCGGAGCUUCCCCGUGUGGCAUGUGUCGGCAGUUAGAGCCUCGAUGGGGUAAAUCGGUUGUCACCAGCAUGCGUCAAUUCUGUCCUUUGGAUUUUCCAGUCUACAUGUAUGAUGGACAGGGGAAGUAUACACUGCAGACCAUGGGAGAGUAUCCGCUAUUAGUUGCUUCCGGCAUCCUUUAG